UCAGGUGAUCGUCCAGUGUAGAUCGGCCUUGAUUUUCUUUAUACUAAGUUUUAAAACACCCGACGGCGGCGGGUUGGUUCACUACUUAGUAAAAACAUUAUUAUUUAUUCGGGUGCGACGAGAGGGAGGGUUAAUUUAAUUUCUUAACGGCCGAUUAAGUAUGAAAUUUAAUUAAAGGGGUUUUACAUUUGUUUGUUAUUUUGAAAGUUAGUGUCGGGUUCGGACGAUUGAUUCGAAUUUCGCGCCGAACAUUGAAUGUUGAUAAAUUAAAUAAAAUUUAGUGACUAUUUAAAACAUUAGUUUUGUGGUGGUUUUUAUUUUUAAAUCCGAGGACUCAUUGAAGAUUUCUCAUUGUGGAUGAUGAAUGAGAAGAGUUAAAGUGAUUUGUCAAUUAAAAUUUUAAUUUUUCUCUUAUCUAAAUAUUUUCUGCGUUUAAAAUAAUUCGCCAUCAUUCUUCCGGCCCAGCAAUUAGGUGCCAGCGUGGCACCAUGGCCUUCAGCCAUCACUUCGGUAGACGAUAUGGCGCACAAAGGUAAAGGUCAUAGCGGUGUGAAUCAGCUAGGGGGGGUUUUCGUCAGUGGUCGACCUUUGCCUGACUCCACGCGGCAGAAGAUCGUGGAGCUGGCCCAUUCUGGAGCUAGACCUUGCGACAUCUCCAGGAUUCUACAAGUUUCCAACGGGUGUGUUUCAAAAAUUCUUGGAAGGUACUACGAGACCGGCUCCAUAAGACCUAGAGCAAUCGGUGGUUCAAAACCUAGAGUGGCGACGGCGGAAGUUGUAUCCAAGAUCUCAGCAUACAAGAGAGAAUGUCCUUCCAUAUUCGCGUGGGAGAUCCGGGAUAGAUUGUUACAAGAAGGUGUUUGUACCAACGACAACAUACCCAGCGUAUCGUCCAUUAACAGGGUUUUGAGGAACUUGGCUGCUCAGAAGGAACAGCAAACGCAAAGUUCCCAGGUUUCUUCGGCGAACGAUAGUGUUUAUGAUAAAUUGAGAUUACUCAACGGGAAUCAAAAUUCUUGGAGGCCGUCACCUUGGUAUUCAACUGGAAGUAAUCCAUUUCCUUUGCAACCUUUAAGCCCACCGCCAACGAUAUUACCUGAUGAUAUUCAUUCUAAAAAAGUUACAGAUCUCGAUGGAGUAAAUUCCGAUGAAACCAAUUCGGGGGAUAAUUCUAAUGCUGGAUCUAGUAUAGGACCAGAUGAUGAUCAGGCUAGGUUGAGAUUAAAAAGAAAAUUGCAAAGAAAUAGAACUUCAUUUACAAACGAUCAAAUAGAUAGUUUAGAAAAGGAGUUUGAAAGAACUCAUUAUCCCGAUGUGUUCGCUCGAGAACGACUCGCAGCAAAAAUCGGGCUUCCUGAAGCUCGGAUUCAAGUUUGGUUUUCAAAUAGAAGGGCGAAAUGGCGAAGAGAAGAGAAAUUAAGAAAUCAACGACGUGGAGGGCCAACUCCAACAGAUCAAAGCGCACCAUCUUCGUCACCUCCACGUCUUCAAUCGUUUAAUAACACUUCGAGUAUGUAUUCGACGAUACCACCACCUAUGUCUAUAUCGGAUUCGUACAGUUAUCCUUGUAGUCCAACGAUGUCUUCAAUGUCAUCAUUUAGCCACCACAGCGGUUUAAGUAGCGGAAUGGGUCCUUCACCUGGAGCUUGUUUGCAACAAAGGGAUAGCCCAACGAUGGGCGGUGCAAUGACCAGUUAUUGUAUGGGGAGAACUCCAAGUUACGAUUUAGGAAUUGGAUAUGGAUCAAGACCAUCGCCGUGUAGUCCAACGCAGCCUUACCAAAUGAACGGACAUCAGUAUAAUACAAAUGGAUCAUCGUCUACGGGAUUAAUAUCCCCAGGAGUGUCGGUUCCAAUAGCAGUUCCAGGGCAACCAGAUAUGACGGCUCAAUAUUGGCCGCGAAUACAGUGACCUUGGUGGGCUUAAAUCGGAGGAGAUUAAAAAAAAAAUUUUAAAAAUGAGUCUUGUGCAAAAAAACCUUUUACCUGAUUUAAAAAAAAACUGUA